AUGUCUGCGACAAAACAAACACUGGAACACCUCAAUCAGCGACAAGAAAGCAGUGAACAAUCCUGUAUUCUCAACUGGCUAUCUGCCGUUGAUUACACAUUACAGCAGAGCGAUCUCCUCGCUCGACGGCAAGAAGGAACUGGACAAUGGCUUCUCGCUUCGGGACAGUAUACGCAUUGGCUUCGCACACCCCGAGCCACCUUGCUUUGCCCAGGAAUGCCGGGUGCGGGGAAGACCAUAUGUUCUGCGAUCCUUGUCGAUGAUUUGACUAUGCGAUUCGAGGAUAAGCCAGACGUCGGCAUAGCUUACAUUUAUUGCAACUUUAAUCGUCAAGAUGAACAGAAGGCCCAAGACCUGCUUUUAAGUCUGUUGAAGCAAUUGAGCCAGAAGAGGAAAUCUACCCCAGACGCCGUGAAAGACCUCUACAAGCGCUACAAAACUACAUCGAAGCGUCCGCGAUUCGAUGAAAUAUCGAAAGCUCUUCACACCGUUAUCUCCUCGUAUUCCCGUGUGUUCAUUGUCAUCGAUGCCCUCGAUGAGUGUGAGCAUACUUGCCGUGUUAGGGUUUUGAGUGAGAUCAUGAAAAUUCAUGCUAGUGCUGGCGUAAAUGUCCUCGCCACAUCAAGGCCAAUGGAGGUAAAUGCUUUGUUUAAAUCAGGCGACUUUUUAGAGAUACGGGCUCAUGAGGAUGACGUUCGACGAUAUCUUGAUGGUAAUAUGUUCCGACUCCCGGGAUUUGUGAGUCGAAAUACUGCAUUGCAAGAGGAGAUUAUGACUGUAAUCUCCCACCAUGUCCAGGGAAUGUUCCUUCUUGCACAGCUUUAUUUCGAUUCAUUGAUUGGGAGAAGAUCAGCCAAAUCUACUCGAAUCGCUCUUAAAGAGCUCUCGAAGGGGUUUGAUGACUAUCCAUACGACAGGGCCUAUGACAACGCAAUGAGACGUAUUCAAGGGCAGAUAGGAGAACAGACUGACUUGGCGAUGCAAACUCUGUCAUGGCUCACAUGCGCAAGAAGGCCACUCACUUCAUUGGAGCUCCAGCAUGCUCUGGCAAUAGAGGAAGGAGAACCCACCAUUGAUGAAGAGAACAUGCCAGAAGUUGAAGAUAUCCUUGCUGUGUGCUCUGGGCUCGUUACCAUUGAAAAUGAAAGUGGAAUAAUUCGACUCGUUCAUUAUACGACGCAAGAAUACCUCGAGCGGAAGAAAGAUUUACUCUUUCCCAGCGCCGAAAAUGAUAUCAGUAGGUUAUGUGUCACUUACAUUUCAUUUGACACAUUUGGAUCUGGGAUCUGUGAAAGCGAUGAAGCGUUCGAGGAGCGUUUACAAUCCUACCCAUUCUACCCUUAUGCGGUAUGGAAUUGGGGCCACCAUGUAAAGCUGACCGGAACUUUACAACCUGGUGUGAUUGACUUUUUGAAAAAUGAGCCAAAAGUUGAUGCUUCAGAACAAGUAAUCCAUGUUAGGAGGUACUCAACCCCAAAAGAUUGGAGCCAGAAUUUUCCGAGGCAAAGAGCCGGGCUGCAUCUCGCUGCAUACCGUGGAAUUGAAGAAGCAGUGUCUUACUUUCUUCAACAGGGAUACCCCGUCGACAUUUGCCAUAAUGGUGGCUGGACCGCAUUGAGACAUGCCAUCUCAGGGGGUCAUUUGAAUAUCACCAAGUUGCUUCUUUCUUAUGGGGCUGAUCCAAAUGGAACAAGUCAGGACGCCUACACCCCGCUUUCAUCUGCUGCCCAGUAUGGCCGAGAGGCCAUUACCAGACUUCUUCUUGAAUGGGGUGCCGAUGUUGACGCCCCGUGUGGAUGGCAUGGAAGCGCCCUGGUCGCAGCGUGUGACGAGGGCCAGCUGAAAAUUUCGGAGAUUCUCCUCAAUAGCAAAGCAAAAAUCAAUAUCGAGAGCGAGCUCUGUGGUACUCCCUUGGAAGCUGCCGCUAAUGCAGGCCACUGGGAACUAGUAACCUUCUUGCUUGAGAAAGGCGCUGAGCCUAAUUCUCAAGGGGAUGAGGUUGAUACCGCGUUGCAAUCCGCGGCCUUCCAAGGCCAGGAAGACAUCGUACGAAUCUUGCUCAACCAUCAUGCGGAUGUGAAUCGACGGGCAGGGCGUCACGGAAACGCACUGAUAGCGGCUUCAAUGAACGGGAAUCAGAAAAUAGUGAAAAUGCUUCUCGACAGCGGUGCCAACAUAAACGCGGAGCAUGAGGUCGGCACAGCCCUGAUUGGUGCUGUUGCAAAUGGGCAAUUUCAAAUAGCAAAGAUGUUACUCGACAAUGGCGCUGACAUUCACGGGCGGGGAAGGCUACAUGGUACUGCCUUACAUACAGCUGCCUCGUUCGGAAAUAGUCAAAUGGUGCAAAUGCUUCUUGAUAGAGGCGCCGACAGCAGUAUUCGUGCUGGUGCCUACAAAACACCCCUUCGGGCAGCUAUUGCGCGAGGUCAUCAGGAUAUUGCCUCGCUCCUCAGAAGCCAAGGGCAGAACAUCAAGGUCUAA